AUGGGCAAGGAAGGGGCCAGCGGCGGCGGCGGCGGCGGCGACGGCGGCAUGUCAGAGUCGGUGAUCCGCAAGGUCCUGAUCUCGUAUAUGUACGUGGCGGUGUGGAUCUUCCUCUCCUUCUCCGUGAUCGUCUACAACAAGUACAUCCUCGACCCCAAGAUGUACAACUGGCCCUUCCCCAUCUCCCUCACCAUGGUGCACAUGGCCUUCUGCUCCUCCCUCGCCGUCGCGCUCGUCCGCGUCCUCCGCGUCGUCGACCUCCCGUCCUCGCCCGCCAUGACGUCGCAGCUCUACGUCUCCUCCGUGGUGCCCAUCGGCGCGCUCUACUCGCUCUCGCUCUGGUUCUCCAACUCCGCCUACAUCUACCUCUCCGUCUCCUUCAUCCAGAUGCUCAAGGCGCUCAUGCCCGUCGCCGUCUACUCCAUCGGGGUGCUCUUCAAGAAGGAGACCUUCAAGUCCUCCGCCAUGCUCAACAUGCUCUCCAUCUCGUUCGGCGUCGCCAUUGCCGCCUACGGCGAGGCCCGCUUCGACGCCCGCGGCGUCGCCCUGCAGCUCGCGGCAGUCGCCUUCGAGGCCACGCGCCUCGUCCUCAUCCAGAUCCUCCUCACCUCCAAGGGCAUCUCCCUCAACCCCAUCACCUCGCUCUACUACGUCGCGCCCUGCUGCCUCGCCUUCCUCGUCGUGCCCUGGGUCUUCGUCGAGCUGCCCAGGCUGCGCGCCGUCGGCAGCUUCCAGCCGGACCUCUUCGUCUUCGGCACCAACUCGCUCUGCGCCUUCGCGCUCAACCUCGCCGUCUUCCUGCUCGUCGGCAAGACCUCCGCUCUCACCAUGAACGUCGCCGGCGUCGUCAAGGACUGGCUGCUCAUCGCCUUCUCCUGGUCCGUCAUCCGGGACACCGUCACCCCCAUCAACCUCUUCGGCUACGGGAUCGCCUUCCUCGGGGUGGGGUACUACAACCACGUCAAGCUGCAGGCGCUCAAGGCCAAGGAGGCACAGAAGAAGGCGGCGCAGGCCGACGAGGAGGCCGGCUCGCUGCUGCAGGAGCGCGACUCGCACGGCGACCGCAAGACUGACAACCAGGCCUAG